AUGUCUAAUACAUUGCGUCCAUAUUUAAAAGCAGUUAAAUCAACCUUAACGGCUGCAUUAUGUUUAGAAAAUUUUCCAUCUCAAGUGGUUGAAAGACACAACAAGCCUGAAGUAGAGGCUAGAUCUUCGCCUGAAGUUGUAAUGAAUCCAUUGAUAAUUAGCCGAAAUGAACAAGAAGGAGUAUUGAUAGAGCCAUCAAUUAAUUCAUUGCGCAUGAGCAUAAAGAUCAAACAAGCUGAUGAAAUGGAAAGAAUUUUAUGUCACAAAUUCACUAGAUUUAUGAUGUUAAGAGCCGAUAAUUUUAUUAUAUUAAGAAGAAAACCAAUAAAAGACAAAUUGGUAGAUUUUAUUAUUAACUUUAUGGAAGAAGUUGAUAAAGAAAUUAGUGAGAUGAAAUUAAGUUUCAAUAAAAGAGCAAGAGCCAUCGCAGAAUCUUAUCUUUUACAGUUUACUUGA